AUGACAAGUGUACGCUUUUCUUUAUCGAAUAAAUGUCCUCUCUCUUAUUUAGCUAUUUUCAAUCCUUCUCUUGGUCUUUCUGAAGGAUCUUUGCAUCAUCAAAUUCUUUUUUUUAUGUCAGAAACACUUCUUUCAUCUGAUGAUCAGCUACGUAAUAUCGGUUUAAUACAAGGGAUUUUGCAAUUUUCAGAGAAUUUCAAAAAAAAAGUAUUUAAUGAAUAUAUACAGUCAGAAAAUUAUGUAAUUAUCAUUACACAAGUUGAAGAUGGGUGGUAUAUUGUUGCAGUAAGUAAUAAGUCAUUUUCUGUUGCCUUUUUAAAAACAAAUCCUAUUUUUUGCCCACCUUUUACUGUAUUAUUUCAUUAUUUAUGUAACGGGUAUGAACAAUAUAAGCUUAUUUAUGGAUUAUUUAGUCAUACAUUACAAAUUAAGGGACGUGAUGUUUUAGAAACACAGUUAAAUGAGUGGUGGUCAAAAUGGGUAUGGAAUUUAGAUCUUACUCUUAAUGAUUUAUCUGUUUUAUAUAAUGCUAUUGAUAUGAGUCUUACAUCUCCUGAUUUUUAUUUAGAAGAAAAAUUGAUUAAAAGUAUAAAUGAAUUAAAGGCAAAUAAUGAUCGUAUUCUUGAUUUAAUCAUAUCAACUGUUUUAUUUCCUUUUCCUGAUCAUCAUACUAAGCAUAAUAAAGGUUGUCUCUAUGCAGGUGAUGGUAGUAUAUCAAAAAACAAUGUAAAAAUUCUUUAUAAUUGGCUUAAAUGUGAAAUUAAUGAAUUUUUUAUUAAUAAAAUGUACGAGGAAAAUAUGGUUCAAGAGUAUUUUGAAAACAAUACAAAUCAGGAUAAAAAAGGAAAAACCGUUUUUUUAACGUCAGAUUCUUGUUUCAAUUCAUCAAAUAAUAAUUAUAAACCAUUAGGAUCAUCUUGGAUGCCUAUAAAUCUUUUCGCUUUACCAUCAAUAUCAAUUGAUAUGAGCAACUUUGUUUCAUUUAUGUCUGGAAAUAAAUCUUUAGAAAAUCAAUCAGCAUAUAACUAUAAUUCAAAAAAUAAUAUGUUUAAGAAUAAUACUUUAGGAUAUUUUAUUUAUGGUCUUGUAGAAAAAAAUGGUGCAGAUUCUAUCAUUUCUGAGAAAAAACUUUAUCUUGGAAAUCAAAUAAAUGAAAAUAUAAUAAAUUCAACAUUAAAUGAUGAAGGGAAAAAUUUCAGUUUUAAAACAUUAAGUUUAAAUACUGAAAUAGAUUCUCAGUAUAUAUCUAUUUCUAUAUAUUAUUCAUAUCCUUUUAUUUAUAUGAUUCCACUUAGAAAUCAAAAUAUUGAUACAAAAAAUUCAGAAAACAUAUUUAUUAAAAAUAAUAUAUUUUAUAUAGACCUUCAAUGUUCAUUAGAACGAAUGACUGCAGAACUUCAAUCAUAUUUUAUGGAUUAUUCUAGGAAUUAUCCUUCUUUUUUUUGGCAUAUAAUAUUCGACCCUAAUACACGACAAUUGUAUAAUAAUAUACCAUUGUUAAAUGAUGAUUAUAAAAAGAAUGAAAAUAUAGAAAAAAAUCUUUCAACUAAAGAAUUAUUACAUAUACAUUGCUAUGUUUUAAAGAUUUUUGAUCAAAUAAUAAACACUGAAAAAGAAAAUGAAUUAGAAGAAUAUAUUUUAAAAACAUCAUGGAAUUUUUGGAUUUGUUAUUUGCAUAGUGAUGGGAAACAUAUAAUACUUAUUAUGAAGAAAGAUAAAAAUAAAGAAAAUCUUAUUAAUGAUUCUUUUGAAAAUGUUUUUCAAGAAGCAAAAAAAUAUGUAUCAGAGUUAUUAUAUACACCAAAUAUAAAAAUAUAA